UAUGUUUCAUCAAAUUAGUAACUUUUCGCCAAAUCAUCACUUUUUUCUUUUUUUCUUCAUUCACUUUUAGGUGUUCAUCAUGAAAUCCUUGAGAGUUAGGAUGUUUUCUUUUGAGCUGAAAUUUGGUGGUCUGAUCUCGUUUGAUCUGGUCUGGUAAAUGUCUUGUCUCUGUGUGUUUUAUAACUAUGUUUAAGGCGUUUUGGUCCGACGUUCUCUGGCCGAGGUUUUUUCUACGUUCGUCUUUGAACGAUUGUUUUGUUGUGCUUUGGGUUCCGUCAGUUGGGUUCCAUCAAUGUUUUGAUGUUUUCCGUUCAUUGCUUCGUGAGUGUAUUGUCCAUCGUGAGUCUUGUUGUGCCUUGAGUUUUCCGUUCAUAGCUAAGGAAGGGAACAAGGGUUUGGUGCUCGAAACAGAUCAGGCAGGGAGUACCGGUGGAGUUGAUGAGAGAGCUUGCCUUUCGACUGUGGUCAGAUUUCGGAUAACCCUAUUCGUGUUAUUUCUUUCCGUCAACCUUGGUUUGGAGACCAGUUCAGGGAGUCUACUGAUGAGAUAUGUGAUUUCUUCUUAAGAAGUUUCUUCUACAAUUCAAACAUGAAGGAGAUCUUAGUCGAGUCAUUGAGGAUGGACCUUGGUCUUUUCAACAAAAUCUAGUGGUGAUUAGACGGGUGAGACGUAAUGACAGGCCCCUUGAAGUCCCUUUGGACAAUGUUGAUUUUUGGGUUUAAGUGCACAAUUUACCAUUAGGAUACAUGACGGAAAGGGCAGCCCGCGGGAUUGCCAACGGUGUUGGAUCUUUUGGGCAACUCGAUGAAAGAUCUCUUGGAGGAAAACAAAGAUUGGUGUUGCGUCUUAGAGUCACUAUUAUCACUAUGACUUUGACUAGGCAUUUGCAGGUACGACAUUAGAGGGAUAACGGGAUAUGGACCGAUUUUCGUUAUGAGAGACUCUCAAGUUUUGCUUCCUCUGUGGGUUUAUGACACUGUACCCCGACUUUAUAUUUUCGCUAAUUAAAAUUUCGAACAAUUAUGAAUAAGAUUGUUAAUUUUAUUCUAACUGUUAAUUUUAACAAUCAUUAAUUUAAAUUGUGGAGCCCAUGUAGGGGUGAGGACCACCAAGUGUAUCUUGGGGCCGUAUAAUAAAUUCAUCUGGGACGUGAUAAUAUUUUAUGUUGGCGGAAUUAAUUUAUUUGAGACUAAGAAAAUGCCCUUGAAUUAAAAUAGAGGGAAUUUGAAGAUUAAUUUGGGCAAAUAAGGGACCAAUGGACUCAAAGCCCAUUCAAUAGACCUAUUAAAGGCUAUAAUGUCUAAACGGUAAAUCUAGGACCUUUGGACAUCACACCACACAGACAUUCCAACCCUACGUGAAUUCUACGUUGAAACCCCUCAUCCGCCAUUUUUUAUCGUUCAAGAAGGAAGAGACCAAAGGGUGGAAGCUUGAGUUGGGAGAAAGAAUUAUCACGACCAUGGAUUGCUAUUCACACCAUUUUUCCAGG